UCUCAGGGAAACAGAUAUGACAAUCGCAUGCAGCCUGACGGCCCAGCAUACCAUUACAGCAACAGAGAUGGUUCCUACUACUACAAGAACUCCGAUAACUCCACCUACCACAAUUCCGGCAAGGGUGACUCGGCUUACACUGCUCCGAAUGGAGAUGUGUACAAGAAGUAG